UUUUCCAAAACAUUCUCGAUACAAACAUUGUUGAGACUAGCGCUCGUCUCUGAGAGUAGUGGUACAGUGCACUCAGUAAAUUCGAUUUUUAAGCGGAUUACAGGGGUUAUUUGAAAAAGACAACACGAAAGAAAAUGGGUGGAUUUCAGCAAAGACCUUGGACACCUACGAAAAGGCGAGGACCCAUAGCUGCAGAAUUUGCCAGUCCAGGGCCGGCUUCAGUUUCUUUACCGUCAACUAUUGGAACAAGACCUUUGGAUUCAAAGACUGGCCGAGCUCCUGCAUUCAGUUUCGGCAACAGGCACAACGAUAAAACGGAGACCAUUGGUCCAGGACCGGGCCAAUAUAACGUUACCGGUUUAAGUGCUAAAGGAAAAGACACCCCCAAAGCAGCAAGUCUCCAUGGCCGUCCAAAAGAUUGCAAAGGCGACAACACCCCUGCCCCUGGCGAUUAUAAUCCUGAUAAAGCAGAAAAAGUUAUUCACGAUAAUGCUCCAAAAUAUACCUUUGGCUUGAAGACCAACCGGGAAAAACCUCUCGACACACCAGCACCUAAUAGCUACAAUGUAAAUGGAUUGCAAAAGUCGCCGAUGUUUUCCUUCGGUUCCAGAAACAGUAUAGAUAAAAUUCCCAACACACCUGCCCCUAAUGCAUAUAACGUCCGUAGAUUUGACGGUGUACCGAGGUACUCCUUUGGGAUGAGGACAAAAAUAGUUAGAACGUCUGACAGCCCUGCUCCCAACGCCUAUAACAUACCCAGGAUUAACAACUCGCCUAAAUUUACUAUAGCAAGGAAACCUUUGACUAAAUCUACAACAGAAGCACCCGCGCCCAACGUAUACAAUAUUCCGAACACCUUGGGUGACAAAAAAUCUGCACCAGCCUAUACCAUAUCGGGAAGAAAUAAAGAUCUGGUUGACGAAAGAGUUAAGAAUCCAGGGCCCGGAUCUUAUAAUAAUGUCGACCCAAUUACAUACAAAGAACAUGCCCCGUCUUAUACUAUCAGUGGAAGAACUAAUAUACCGUGUGAUCAUCUGAAUGUACCAGGACCAGGCGUUUACUCACCGGAAAAGGUGGAGGUUCAUUUAAGGCAUGCACCUGCUUACUCAUUUGGUAUACGACAUUCCCCAUUUUUGGGAAGUGCAAUUGGACAUUCCACCGGCUCACUCGUUUGGGAUCAGGCAUUCUCCUUACGCUGAACAUUACUAGCACUUCCAAUCUGUAUCUGUAUCACUACAUCAAACGAAAAUGAAAAUAACGAUGCUUCGACACGAAACCGAUCAAUUUUGUGAUAGCAUUUUCUCUUACAUCACUUCAUUUUUCUUCAAAUACGUAUACAGAUGUUGUUCUGGCUUUUCCUUUAAUGAUACACCAUUAACAAUUAUCAAAUGACAAUAAUCCUUUUAUAAUACUAAGGCUUUAAAUAACUACACAUUACGUAUAUUUGUAUCAAUUACAUUCCGCGAGUAGAUGGAUUAGGAUGUUGUAUGCUGCCAGUUCCUUAACAUGCUGUAUUUUCCUGCCAAUUUAAACAAAUAAAGUUUAUAUUUGUUUGCA